AUGAAUAGCAAUCAACAGACACCCUACCGUCAAGACGGUGGAGGCUAGUACGAGGAAGGCGAGGUCUCCUCAGUUGGAUACGAAUUCGAUUACGCUCUAGAUGAGGGAAAUGAGAGCCAAAUCGCCCAGAGAUAACCCACUCCGAGAGUGAGUGGAUUCGACUUGCCCUAGGCUGAUGGGGCCAGGUAGGCAAUGAAUGCCUAGAUGUAGAAUGAAUUCGAAUAAAUCAAUAAUCAGUUGCAGCAACAAACCCUCGAGUAGCAGCAAUAUGCUGCUCAAAAUCAUGCAAUUGAAGAGCGUAAGACUCCUGAUGCCAAUCACAUCGGCAAUGAAGACUCAGACUAUGAAUAUGGUCCUGGAACUCGUGACAAGGAUUAAAUGGAGCAAGUGUCAAUUCCUGCCCACUUGAUGAACAACUAAGGCUCUAACUAGCAGUCGAAUGACAAGUUCAUGCAGCAGCAUAUGUACGGGUAAGACCCCAUGGAUUAAAAUCGUAAGAGAGCUCGCGAUUCGAUUGAAACUUACGCCGACUCUCAUUACCAGUCUUACUAAGAAUACUAAAGGCCCUAAAGUAGAUAGAAUUAAGAGAGACCUUAGUAAGAAGUCGAGAUAGACUCGAACAUCUUGGAAUAAAAGAAGAACUUUGAUGGGGUGGUAGUUAACACUGUGAGAACCAGUGCUUUAGCAUCCAUUAUGAAAUCCAAGAAAGAGAUCUACUCGAUCCUUGUGAAUCAAGGUAUGAUUAGAAAAGUAACUAAAUCAUUUUAGGCUAGUAUUACUUACCCCCUUAUGCCGAUUGUUCAAUCGAAUUCUUAAGAGAAGUCUUCAGUGGUCGCAAAAAGGUAAGAUUAGCAAUUCAUUCAUUAGGUAUUCCUUACUCAUGAAGUUUGUAUUGUGAAUGUACCCAAGAUGUCUGAAUUAUCAGCAAAAUCCAUUACUUAAGAUGCUUACAGUGACAGAGGUAUUAAGAUGUACCUACCAGAUCGUAAAGAUGGUAGACCUCUUAAUCGACAAUUUUUCUUCAACAUAAUCAACACUGUGAAGCCAAUGUUCUUCGAACACAACAUCAAGAUGGGGUUAAAGAAUAGAUAAGAUGAGGCUGCUAGAAAAAACAAGAGAUUUAUUGAAAUCAAAGCCGAUAUGUACCAGCUCAUCAAAGGAGCUGUAAAUCUUAAUCCUAACUCGAGAGGCAGAGCCUUGAACCUACUUAAUGUAGGAAGUAAGAAGAGAAGUCUACCUGAUAGAGAUAAUGUUAUUGAACACAGAGACAAAGGUCUCUCUUAUUUCUCUUAUGCUGAUGUUACAGGUUUCAAUCCUACACCUACCACUACCAAGAGGUUCAAAGGCAAUGACUAUCCUAGAGCUGAUGAGCAGUAUGUGUCUCUUAGAUCUAAGGAUACAAGAUACUCAGGCUCUGCCUAGACUUAGGGUAGUUCACACCAGCCUUAGUACCAAGCAACCAGAAGGCAAGAUGACAAAAACGAAUGA